AUGUUCCUCGUCCUACUUUGGCAAUUUGCCUGCCUGGGGCUUGUAGAGGCCAUCGCAGUCACCGAACUCCCUAUAUGUGCACAACAAUGUCUGUCGAAUUCGACGUCGGCCCAGAAAUCAUGCUCAGUGAUCGAUAUCGCCUGUCUCUGUUCGAGUUCGACUUACGUCGCUUCGCUGUCGUGCUGUCUGUACACCGAAUGCAAUGCUUCAGAGCAAGCACUUGCGAUCCAGUUCAACAAAGAAGAAUGCGCCAACGUGAACGAGACGGCACCAGACUUUGUGGGAUGCUCACCCGCAGGCCUGUCGAGUGCACUUGCGAGCAUGAGCAUCACGUUCUCUCCCACCGCGUCUUCAUCGGUAACAUCUUCCACGUCCGGGUCGGUCAAUCCCAGCAUUACAACCCUGUCUGGAGACCCGAUCUCAGAAACGGCAGCGAACCCGACUGGGAAACAGAUCACGAUAACGACGUACGCCGGGGCACCGCUGAUGACGGGCAGCUGCACAGUGCCACACUUUGCGGUUGUCACCGAUCCGGUGGGAAGGGUGACCGCGUUCCCGGAAGUUGGCUGUUCUCCGGACAGGCCGGAUUGCUGUCCAUUCCCAGAUGGGCUGAAUGGGGCUAUCUCGAGAUGUCCACAAGACUAUUUCACAACUGCCAAUGCCUGCUGUCCACUUGGCUACCAGAUUUAUUAUACCAACAUUGGCUGGGAAACACCGUGCUACUCGGUACCAGCGACAUCAUAUGUUCCAGCGUCCACUCCCACGGUAGCCAGCUUGACCCUCAUCACCGACCACGUCUUCUCUCAGAAGUAUCCGCUUCUGAUGCCGGCACAAAAACCUAGCUUCCCUCCCGGAGCAAAGAUUGCAAUUCCGGUCUCCAUCUGGGCGUUCAUCAUGAUAGUAUGUGCGGGAGUCUUCUUCUAUGUGAGGAAGAAACGAAGGGCGAGAAGGGCAGCAGAAGCAAACCGCGUGACCACAUUUCCGCCUGAAGAACCAGCGAUGCCUCACAUGUCCAUGUCGAGAGCGGCGACCAUGCACGAACUGGAUAUUUCAGAGGGGCGGGCAGUAUCUCCGUCGGCUACCCCGGCCAACGGCUGGCCGAUGUUCACGGCACAGUCGCCGCCAGCCUACGACCCGUCCAAGGCAGCACCUUCACCCAUCAUCGCUAAGCAGCCGCCGAUUCCCCAGGAGCUCCCAGGGAGCACUUUUAUUCACGAGCAUCACCCAGCGUAUUCGCCCGCCGGAACCUCUGCAGGUACACCCACUGAACCGACCGCGGGGUCUGCUCCAGGGACGCCUGAGGAGCAAAAGUCACCUGUGCUCUCGUCCGCCACACCGCGGUCAGAGACUCACAGUCCAGUAUUUGUGUCGCCGAUGGGGUCCCCGCGCUUACCGAAGACUGGUUGA